AAACAUUUUUCAGAUUAAAAACAAAAGCCUGUCCAAACUAGGAACGUUUACAAGAUGACAACUGUUAACAAACUUCCUCUACAGCAUUGCUAUUUAGUAGUAAUAAUAAUAAUAUAAUAAUAAUCACCUCUUUAUAGGAUGGCACCUUGAUCCUUAAAUAUUGUCCAGUGUGUAAGGUCAGUGUGCGGAGGGUUAGGAGCGGAGAGGGCUGAUUUUUCUUAAAGGGGCAGAUCAGGGGAAGGCUGUGAUGGUGCCGGCAGAGAGGAGGGGGCAGAGAUAAGUGGUCUGAGGAAGAGGAUAGGACAAAAAAAAAAAAAAAAAAAAAAAAAAGGGGGAAAAAAAAAACCCACCAAACCAGCACGAUGAUGAUGAAUACAUUGGAAAGUUUUUUUGGCCCUGGUGAGGGUGUCAGAUUGAAUGCUCUGUGCGCAUGUGCGAAGGUGUCCAAACUGACAAUGCUGGGGAGAUGAAGAUAGUGUGUAGCUGCUUCUGGGCUCAAGGAGGAGGAGAGGAAUCCACACGCCGACACGAUGAGAUCCAAGGCGAGGGCGAGAAAACUGCCCAAAAGUGACAGCGAGAUUGUAAAUAAUAUGUACGAGACCGACCCCGAUCUCCUUGCUGGAGAAAGCGCAGAGGAGGAAACUGAGGACAGUAUAAUGUCCCCCAUCCCUGUGGGACCUCCGUCACCCUUCCCCACCAGUGAGGACUUCACUCCCAAGGAGGGCUCACCCUAUGAAGCUCCUGUCUACAUUCCUGAUGACAUUCCAAUCCCACCAGAUUUUGAACUCAGAGAAUCUUCGAUCCCAGGGGCAGGGCUAGGGAUUUGGGCCAAAAAGAAGAUUGAAGUUGGGGAAAGAUUUGGACCCUAUAUGGCAGUACAGAGGAGCACAUUAAAGGAAACAAACUUUGGAUGGGAGCAAAUACUGACUGACCCUGAGGUGACCUCCCAGGAGGGCAAUAUAAAAAAGGAGAAAUUUCUUCAUGGCAAAGGUUGUCAGGCUUUGGAAGGGGCUGCCCAGGGAGGUGCUGGAGUCCUCAUCCUCGGAGAAGUUCAAGAAGUGACUGGAUGUGGCACUCAGCGCUGUGGGCUGGGUAACAAGAUUCCUGAUGCCCUGGGCAGUGAGAAGUUCUGUGGUGAUGCUGGCCAGGGAGGGGCUGGGAACUGGCUGAAGUACAUCCGAGUGUCCUGCUCCUGCGACGAGCAGAACCUGGCUGUGUGCCACAUCAACGAGCAGGUCUAUUAUAAAGUUAUUAAAGAGAUUGAGCCGGGAGAAGAGCUCCUGGUGUGUCUGAAGGAAGGAGGUUAUUCCCUUGGGAACAUGGCACCCAGCAUGGAAGAGGAGCCCUCAUUCCGCUGUGAGGACUGUGAUGAGCUGUUCCAGUCCAAGCUGGACCUGCGGCGCCACAAGAAGUACGGCUGCAGUGCUGUGGGGGCCCUGUAUGAGAGCCUCAGCGAGGAGAUCAAGCAGGAAGGCCUCGGAGAUGGACAGGUCUACGAGUGCAAGGACUGUGAGAGGAUGUUCCCCAAUAAAUACAGCCUGGAGCAGCACAUGGUGAUCCACACCGAGGAGAGGGAGUACAAGUGUGACCAGUGUCCCAAGGCUUUCAACUGGAAAUCCAACCUGAUUCGUCACCAAAUGUCUCACGACAGUGGGAAACGGUUUGAAUGUGAAAAUUGUGUUAAGGUGUUUACGGACCCCAGCAACCUCCAGCGGCACAUCCGCUCACAGCACGUGGGGGCACGGGCCCACGCCUGCCCUGACUGUGGCAAGACCUUCGCCACCUCCUCGGGCCUCAAGCAGCACAAGCACAUCCACAGCACUGUCAAACCUUUCAUAUGUGAGGUCUGUCACAAAUCCUACACACAGUUCUCCAACCUGUGCCGCCACAAGCGGAUGCACGCGGACUGCCGCACCCAGAUCAAGUGCAAGGACUGCGGGCAGAUGUUCAGCACUACCUCCUCCCUCAACAAGCACCGGCGCUUCUGCGAGGGCAAGAACCAUUACAGCCCCGCCGGCAUCUUCGCCCCUGGCCUCCCCCUUACACCCACCUCCAUGAUGGACAAAUCCAAGCCCUCUCCCAAUCUCAACCACGCCAGCCUGGGCUUUAACGAGUAUUUCCCAUCCCGCCCGCACCCUGGUGGGCUCCCGUUCUCACCAGCCCCCCCAGCCUUCCCCACCCUCACCCCGGGUUUCCCGGGGAUUUUUCCGCCUUCUCUGUACCCCAGGCCUCCCUUGUUACCACCCACGCAGCUGCUCAAAAGUCCCCUCAACCACACUCCGGACACGAAGCUCCCCAGUCCCCUCGGGAACCCGGCACUGCCGCUGAUCUCUGCAGUGAGCAACAGCAACCAGGCCCCUUCAGGAGAGGAGAAAUGUGAAAGCAGCCUGGAAAACUCCUACCUGGAGAAGCUAAAAGCCAGGAACAGUGACAUGUCCGAUGGCAGUGACUUUGAGGAUGUCAAUACAACCACAGGCACAGAUCUGGACACCACGACUGGCACUGGCUCUGACCUGGACAGUGACGCAGAGAGUGACAGGGACAAAACGAAAGACAAGAGCAAACAAAUGGAGACCAAGCCAGAUUUUGUCAGCAGCUCGGUGUCUGCGAGUUCCACCAACACCACUAGUGACAUCCCUCUCUUCUAUUCUCAGCAUUCCUUCUUUCCUCCCCCCGAGGAGCACCUGCUUCCCACCACAGGGGCAGCCAAUGACUCUAUUAAAGCUAUUGCCUCCAUCGCAGAGAAGUAUUUUGGGCCUGGCUUUAUGGGGAUGCAGGAGAAAAAGAUGGGUUCGCUCCCAUAUCAUUCCAUGUUCCCUUUCCAGUUCCUCCCCAAUUUCCCCCACUCCCUCUACCCUUUCACGGAGCGGACCCUCAAUCACAACUUGCUGGUCAAGGCAGAACCAAAGUCACCCAGGGACCUCCACAAAGUCGGCAGCACCAGCUCGGAGUCCCCCUUUGAUCUCACCACAAAGCCAAAAGAGAUUAAGCCAAUCCUGCCGCCCCCCAAGGUCCUCCCAGCCCCGUCCUCAGGGGAGGAGCAGCCACUGGAUCUGAGCAUUGGCAACCGCAUCCGAGCCAGCCAGAACGGAGGGAGAGAGCCACGGAAAAACCACAUUUAUGGGGAGAGGAAGCUGAUGGCAAGCGAGGUCUUACCUAAGAUUUCCCAGUCCCAGCUGCCUCAGCAACCUUCCCUGCACUACGCUAAGCCAUCACCCUUUUUCAUGGACCCCAUCUACAGCAGGGUGGAGAAGCGGAAGGUGACAGACCCCGUGGGUGCCCUCAAGGAGAAGUACCUGCGACCCUCCCCGCUGCUUUUUCACCCCCAGAUGUCGGCCAUCGAGACGAUGACGGAGAAACUGGAGAGCUUUGCAGCCAUGAAGGCCGACUCUGGCUCAUCCCUGCAGCCCCUUCCCCACCACCCCUUCAACUUCCGAUCGCCGCCACCCACGCUCUCCGACCCCAUCCUGCGCAAGGGCAAGGAGCGCUACACCUGCAGGUACUGUGGCAAGAUCUUCCCACGCUCAGCCAACCUGACGAGGCAUCUGCGGACACACACUGGGGAGCAGCCUUACAGGUGUAAAUACUGUGACAGGUCAUUCAGCAUUUCCUCCAACCUGCAGCGGCACGUGCGGAACAUCCACAACAAGGAGAAGCCAUUCAAGUGCCACCUGUGCAACAGGUGCUUCGGGCAGCAGACCAACCUCGACAGGCACCUGAAGAAGCACGAGCAUGAGAACGUUCCAGUGAGUCAGCACUCUGGAGUCAUCGCCAACCACCUCGGGACCAGCGCCUCCUCCCCCAACUCGGAAUCAGACAACCAUGCACUUUUAGACGAAAAAGAGGAUUCCUAUUUCUCGGAAAUCAGAAAUUUUAUUGCAAAUAGCGAGAUGAAUCAAGCGUCGGCUUUAGUGGAUAAAAGGCCAGAAAUCCAGGAUAUUGAUGGCAAUUCCCAGUGCCACGGAUUGGCAAAUGAGAAGACAGAAGAUGUGGACGAUGAGGACGAAGAACUGGAAGAGGAAGAUGACGACAGCCUGACUGGGAAGUCCCAGGACGAGACGGCGUCGCCCACGGCGGAGCCCCAGGGAGCAUUCGAGGAUGAGGAGGAUGAGGAGCCCACAUCUCUCACCAUGAGCUUUGACCACACCCGAAGGUGUAUUGAGGAGGACGAAGCCGGCCUGUUAGAUUUGGAGCAGAUGCCGAAUUUUGGGAAGGGGCUGGAUCUCCGCAAAGCAGCCGAGGAAGCAUUUGAAGUUAAAGAUGUGUUUAAUUCCACCUUAGACUCUGAGGCAAUAAAACAGACUCUGUACAGGCAGGCUAAAAACCAGGCUUAUGCAAUGAUGCUGUCCCUGUCUGAGAACGCUCCCCUCCACACGUCCUCCCAGAACUCUCUGGGGGCUUGGCUGGACAUGGCAGGAGCAGCUUCAGAGUCGGGGACCUUUAACCCCAUCAACCACCUCUGAGAGGUCCACAAGGCACUGGCCGGAGCCCAGGCGAGGCGGCGGUGGUGCUGCAGCCAUCCCAGCAAAAUCCCAGCGAGCAGAAGAUGGAUGAGAGGGCCUCAGGGAGUCGUCUGGACUUUGGGCUGAGAAGGAAACCUGUCGCAUCCGACCUACACGUCCUGCAUUUUUAUCUCUCCAGAGUUUUCCUUUCUAAUUUAUCAGAACAAACCUCUCCCAAACUGGAUAACCCCGAAGCAGCCCCAGAAUUUCACAGCCUGUAGGAAUAGCAUGAGCAAGACAUGAAUUGCAACAGUGCAAUCAAGGACAGGCCCCUCCAACCUUCCAAACUGGUGUCACUGAGCCAGCACAGCCUGAGCAGGAACGAUAGCUUGGAACCACAUGGCAGCAUUUCCUUCCCAUCCAGCUGAAUUGGUGAAGCAUCAAGGGAAGAGAGCCAGGUAUGACCUGUCCCUGGUGCAAUUCUGACACAGCCACUGGAGUUAUGCCAGGGAAAGGCAAAUCAACCUAUUUAACUGACCCCCCAAAAAAAGAAUUCAGAAUUCUGCACUCCCACAGAAACACCAUCGUGUCCUUUGUUCCCAGCAAAACACUGGCACUGAGCAAAGCUCCACGGUGAGGCCACCUUGCCUGCAGUCAUCAUGAGCCACAUGCAGCUCCCAGCUGAGACACCUCCAGCCUGGAACAUGCUGAGGUUGGGGUGACAGAUGUGUCACAUGGACGCAGACGGUCGGCUGUGCCCUGAGCAAGGCUGGGAGAGCUCCCUGCCCCUCCUGUGAGCCCAGCAUGGGCUGGAGUGCCCAGGAGAGAGCCAGGGUGGUGGAGCUCCUGGAAAUGCUUGGAUUUCCCCAAGCAGAGAGGUCAGGGGAUAAAGCCCUCCCCAAAUGUGCGUAAGGAAACGUGUGCUGGGCAAGGCUCGCCUCACCCAGGGCAGCUCGGACCCAUCUGCUCGUGUGUCACCUCCUGGGGUUUCAGGGUGCCAUCACCCCGUGCUGGUGGUGCCUGUGGCACAGAUCUCUGAUCCACACCAUUGCUUUGGCCUGGUUUUCCCUCUGCACCGCCUGCUGCUGCUUGGCCUGUAAUUUAAGUAGAAAGAUGAACAUUUCCAUGCUCUAGCAGCCUGAGGGGUGCAGAGCAAAGAGAUGAGAAUCCAGUUGUCUCUCUGACUCUAAAAUUUCUUAUGGAGAUUUUAUGAGUGAUUUCCAAUCACUUCAAAACUUCAUCUUCUCUACUGAUAUACAGCAGCUUCCACAAAUGCUGUGGACUUUAUGCUGUUCUUGGCUGCAAUUCCCAUCUGCUGUUGGAGCAGGGAAUUUGGAGAUGACAUUCCCUUAUGGAAUGGUUAGGCCAUGGAAAAGCCAUGGAAAAGGGCAGAUGGAGGGUUCUAAGCCAGUGUAGUGUGGGAAGCUUCAUUCCAGCAGGCCAAAACAACGGGAUCAGCUCCCUGAGCAAAGCAGAGUCAGAACUGGGUGUGACACCUUUGCAAGUCAGCUUUGCACCCAAGAACACACAUGAGGCUGAUUUUGGGGAGUCUCAGAGUGCCCCCACAGGAAGAAUCCAGGGUGGCUUUAGUACGGAGGAAACAAAAGGUAAACUAGCAGCGCCAGUGUGUUUCCCAAGAAAAUUUACCCUUACCUUUUUGGUUUUCCACAACAACCUGUGAAAGUGCCCUGAGCUCUGAGAGCACCAGGAGGUGUGACCGAGCUGCUUCAUGUAUUUGCACAAAGCUCCUGGGUAGGUAGAGCCCGAGAGCCGAUCCUGCCGGAGGAAUCCCGGCUCUGCAGAGGAGGGGACAGCCCUGUCCCCUCCUGUCCCAUCCUGUCCCCUCCUGUCCCAUCCUGUCCCAUCCCAGAGGCUGCAGCACAGCCCUGCCCAGGCGCUUGGCCUUUAAAUUAUUCCCACAGGGGCCAACUGAAAAUAAUAAAAGAAUUGUUUCUUUUCCUGAUGGAAUUUAUUUUAAUCUGUAUAUAACUUGGCAUUUUGGGCUAAUUCCUUUCUUAUUUUAUUUCUUCCUUAACAGUAUUUUCUUAUUACAUUAGAUAUCAUUCUUGUGAAGAAAUCAUGUUAAUAUAAGUAUGUAGUGAAGGACCAAAAUUGUGUUGUUGAGGUUGGAUGUUGGGUAAACAGGGAGGAGGAAGAUUUUGUCCAUGUGCCAAAUAACCCCAGUCAAUGCUGCCAGUGGUGCUGCCAAUUCUCCAGACAAUCAUCCCUCAGCUCCCCUUUGUCUUGAAGCUCCUGGAGCCUUGGAGGAAGGUUCCAGCACCUGGGAGCAGCACAGGAGGAGGAGGAGGCCGGUGGAGGUGCCCUGCCUCGAUGGCCCUGCUCCAGGAGAACAUGGAAAUAGCCUUAAACCUGGGGAUGGAUCCAUCCUGUCCCAUUCCAGCAGCAGCUCAGUGACUCCUGGCAGCUGCUCGGAGCAAACCACAUGUCUGAGCCUCUCUCUCACAGGCCCUACCUGCCAUGCUGGAACAGGAUCUGUGGGCAGCAAUGAGCGUUUGUGUGCUCUGACUACGGUUUGUUCACCCUGGAAGAAACCUUAGGGCAGGUCAGCAUUGCACUCCGCAGCACAGGGAGGUGACAGAGCAGCCAAGGGAGUGGCAGUGAGCUGGACACUAAAAUGUGGGCCAAUACUAAGGAAUGCAAGUGUUAUUGUGGCAAUUUAUUUGGGUUAUGUGUGGUCUCCCCACCCCUCUCUCAGCCCUGCUGCCAGUUGUGUCAUUUCUCCAGAAGCAGCUGGUCAGGUCCUUCCUCUGACUGAGCUUGCACUGUCUCUGCCCCCCUUCCCCAGCUCAUCCUGGCUCUCCAUGGAUCUCCUGAAGGCCCCUGGCCAAGGAUAGGGAGGUAUUAUCCAGCCAGGGAUUGAGGACAUUAAAAAUAUAGGGUUUAAAAUAAUGAAAUUAUAUUUUUUUCUUUUCAUAUUUCCUAAUCCAGUUUUCUCCCCAUUACCUCUAGCUCAUGUUGUAGGAUCUCCCAAUUCCUCUAAUUUAGCACUGAUUACAAGUUUCAAUUUUUCCCAUUAAGAUAAAGAAACAGGAAGACUUUACUGAAUCUCUGUUAAUCUCUACCUUUCAUUGGAUUGCACUUGGAACAUGCUGCAGCUCACAGCAGGUGUGGAGGUUCCAUUUUGCUGCUUUAGCAGAGAAUCUUGUCUUUUCAAGGCUGCUUCCCGAGAGGUUUGUGUCCAGGACAUUCUGCUAUAGGAGCACUGCUGCCUUCCCAAUGCUGGGGAAGCUCUGGGAGCUUUGGUGAGACGUGGAGCUGUAGUGUCCAACCCCAAGGACACACUGGGAUCCAGGCCAGGUGAAGGUGGCAGGGAUGGAAAGUGGCUGUGGUGUGUCUGGUAGCCAGAGCACUGCUGCAGGUGUGGUUUAAACCCAGAGCUUUGUGUAGGAUCUAUUUAUUUAAAGUAUUUUCACAGCCACAACAGCACAGGGGAGAGAAGAAGAAGCCCUGGGGAUUUUUGGAGUGGUCAGGUGGGGCUGGGAGCUGCACGGGGUUGAAGCGUUGGUGCUCCAUGAAGGGCCCUUUCUCUGGCCACAGCUGGACCUUCCUGCCUGAGGUGUUCAGGGAGGAGAACGUGGGUCUCGUGUCUGUGCUUCCCUGCUUCCCACCAGCUGAGAGCUGGUGGCUGGUCCUGGCGUGAUCGCUGUGGCUGCUGCAGACACCUGGGAGCUCUCCAGUGGGGUGGGC